GUGCCUAUAAAUACUCUUUUCAUGUUUCAGAGCUUCUCACAAAAUCAGUGUGCCAGAAAAAAAAAUAUAUGGUUUUUGCGAAAGAAAGAGAGAUGGAGAUCCCAGUUAUUGAUUUCGGGGAGCUUGAUGGAGAGAAUAGAACCAAGACCAUGGCCCUUCUCGACCAUGCUUGUGAGAAGUGGGGCUGCUUCAUGGUUGAUAAUCAUGGGAUAGAUAAAAAGUUGAUGGAGAAAGUGAAGCAACUGAUUAAUUCCCACUAUGAGGAGCAUCUGAAGGAGAAGUUUUACCAGUCAGAGAUAGUCAAGGCAUUGAGCCAAGGAAAAAGCUCGGAUGCAGACUGGGAAAGCACCUUCUUCAUCUGGCAUAAGCCGUUGUCUAACAUCUGUGAGAUCCCAAACAUUUCAGAGGAACUCUGCAAAACAAUGGAUGAAUAUGUUUCUCAGCUGCACAAGUUUGCAGAGAAGCUCUCCAAGCUCAUGUGCGAGAAUCUUGGUCUAGAUGAAGAUUACAUAAUGAAGGCAUUCCAUGGUUCAAAAGGCCCAUCUUUCGGUACAAAAGUGGCGAAAUACCCUGAAUGCCCUCAUCCUGAGCUCGUUCGAGGACUCCGAGAACACACGGAUGCAGGGGGUAUUAUAUCUCUCCUGCAGGAUGACGAGGUCCCUGGCCUUGAAUUCCUGAAAGACGGUAACUGGGUGCCAAUCCCGCCAUCAAAGAACAAUACUUUAUUUGUUAACACUGGUGACCAAGUGGAAAUCCUGAGCAAUGGAAGGUACAAGAGUUUCAUACAUCGUGUAAUGACGGUAAAGAAGGGUAGCAGACUGUCGAUUGCAACUUUCUAUAAUCCUGCUGGUGAUGCCAUUAUAUCUCCUGCUCCGAAGCUCCUAUAUCCGAGUAGCUUCCGUUUCCAAGAUUACCUAAAACUUUACUCCAGCACCAAGUUUGGUAAUAAGGGCUCCAGAUUUGAGACCAUGAAGAAGCUGGAAAACGGGCUCUAGGGACAGGAACAUCUGCCACUUUCAUACUAUGUAUUACCCAUAAGUUUCUCCUGUUCCUUGGGCCUUCUUCUUGUGUUUCCCUCAUAAAGCAAAGACAUGUCAGGGAUAGUGCUAAUUCCCAGUUACUGCUUUGCCAAAACAGUGAUAACCACGCCUUUAAUACAUCA